CCUAACGUCUUAUUCCCCCGGGGGCUUUCCAUCCUUCUGUACUGUCCGUUUCAACCUGUACACUACUUAGCUAUCUAAUAACAAGCCUCGAACCUCCUCCGAUAUGCCGAAGCCGCUCGCCAUCCUCGGGAUACCUCUUCGCCGAGUAGGCCCGCGACGUAUCUCCCUCCUCCUGACGCUCGUGGGCCUAUUCGUCUUGUUCACACUCCUCUUCACCCUACCCAAUGCUAUGCCGACGGGACCCAGUCUGUCUAAAUCCAUCGCCGACCAUAAAUUCUCCCUACCGAAAUAUAAGGAUACGCUCUCGUCGCUGAAUCCUUUCCGGCCCGCUUCCCACAAACCCCCGGAGCAGAACAACUCAACAUACGGUGGGAGUUCGUGGUAUUCAGAUUGGAAUUGGAAGAGCCCAUUUUCCUCGUCUGUAACGUUAGAUGAGAACCGGUCCCUUCUCCCGCCCUUGAAGGAGAGGCCUCCCAUCUAUUGCUAUUAUGACACCACCGCCCAGCGGGAUGAUGCUACCAAAGAGGCCGAGAGCGCGCUGCUGCUCACGUGGCGACGCGCCUGGUGGGCGCAAGGAUUUGAGCCCAUUAUCUUGAGCGCAGCAGAAGCUAUGAACAAUCCGUUCUAUGACGAAUUGCAGCGGCUGGAAAUGGAGCCGACUUUCAAGAAGGAUAUGAUGCGCUGGCUGGCGUGGGAGAACAUGGGUGGCGGACUUCUGUCUCAUCAUCUAUUGUUUCCGAUGGCGCCUCGCGAGGACCCUUCACUGUCCUUCCUACGAAGGGGCGAGUACCCCGGCCUGACGAGAUGGGGAGGUCUUGAAAAUGCCUUGUUCGCCGGGUCGAAAAAUACGGUAGCUACGGCUAUCAGACAAGCCCUCCAGAGCCCCAAGAGAAAGUCGGCCAAGGACUUUAUCGCCGCCGUCCCCGACGAAACUUUUCUCAUUGACUCAUCCUACCAGUCCUUUGCCUUCUACGACAGUAAGACUGUUGAGAAGAGCUAUAAAAAAGUGGCAGAUGAGGUAGUAGCCGAUCGCCCCCGAGGCUUGAAAAGCUUAAAUGGCCUUGUCAAUGCCCAUCUGCAAAGUACCUGGCAGGAUAUUUUCUCGGGGGGCAUUGCUGUCCUCAAGCCUAUGCCGGCUCAUACAACGCACAUGAUCGAGCUAGCCUUCGAAUUGGCAACGACGAUUGCGACUUGCAGUGAUAGCCCGAUACCGACGUCUUGUCCACCGAAUCUCCCAAAAUGCACUCCCUGUAUUUCUUCGCCCCCGAUGAAGAUCUCAACGCCGGUGCACUACCGCAACACGACCAAUCUAUAUACAAUAGCGACUGUGCCGCACCCGUACACUUUGCGCAUGAUGGACUCGCUCCGCGAUACGAUAGACGUUGAUUGGAUUAGGCGCGAGACACAACGCGACGAAUGGCUUUAUAGCGUCUUCCAGGAACUUCUCGGCGCUGAGAUAUCCGGCUCGGCGCGGGUUGUUAAAUUCAAAGACGCCGUGGCUGGGGAGUUUGCCACUUCGCACACUCUCUGGUUGACGGCCGAGAAAGACACGAUCCCGCAUGACCUGGACUGGUGGUUCGGCUUCGAGAUUCCGCGGAACACGUCCGGCGAUAAGUCGGAGGCCCCGGCUCCGGCGCGGAAGCCGAAACCAGACCACAAUCCGGCUGAUUCGCCGAUCCCGGGUGCCGAUGAGCUUUCGCGCGAACCAGCCCUCCUAGCGAGGGCACGCGAGGUAGUUAAGAGCAAGGCCGAGCGGGACGUGCGCGUGCGCAGCGCCGUCGAGGCCUGGAACCUGGCCGACACGGAAGCCUGGCGAUUCGCCCGCGCUUUCUUAGCGCGCUCAAGGGUCGAGAGACUCAAGUGGGAAGAGGAAGAGAGCAAGUACGCCGGGGGUGUAGGGAUCGAUAAGAGAAAGGGGCGUGGAGGCGGUUGGCUGCGAUGGGGAGAUGACGAUUGAGAUAUGUAUCAAAACACGUGAACCGCGCUGCGUAGGGAAAAGGAGAUCGCGGGAAGGACGUGU